UAAUAUAACCAGGGCUUCAGACUAGUCAGACUAGAAGCGAGACGGAGAGAUUUUACAUUCGGCGGUCCGGUAGAGGACAGAGAGACAGAGAGACAGAGAGACAGGGAGACAGGGAGACAGGGAGAAGGAGAUCUGGAUCUGGGUGUCGGACAAACUCUGCAUUCCCUGAGAACAACUGAAGCCGACAUGGUGGAACUAAAAGCAGCAGCUCUAUUACUUAUUACCUUCUGUCUCUCCGCACACCCUGCCUCAGGCUCCUAUCCGCGAGCACAGAAUGUCACUUGGAAAUCCACCAACUUUAAAACCAUUUUGACCUGGGAGCCCAAACCAUCAGCUAAUUACUCCUACACAGUGGAGUUCUACACGGUUAGCGGUGACAAACAGAGGAACCGCCACUGCAUCCGCUCCCAAUCCACAGCGUGCGAUCUGUCCAGCUCUCUAACGGACCUGAAUGCCUACUACACAGCUGACAUCCUGUCUGAACCCCCGCUGGGGGCCACCUCGGACCUCGUGGAGUUCCCCCACACCAGCUCACCGCGAUUCAGCCCCUACAAAGACACUGAUAUAGGCAGACCUGACUUCAAGCUGGAGGUGAGCGAAGACAAAAAGAAGAUCACCCUGUACGUCACUGACCCACUCACCGCCUUGUUCAAAGACGGCCGCCAGCUGAACAUCAGGGACGCCUUCUCCGAUCAGCUGCAGUAUAAAGUCACCUACGUGAAAAAUAAGAGCAGCGGCAAGAAAGUGAACACCUCUAAGACCAACGUGAUAGAGCUGAGCGGUCUGGACCAAGGGCAGAGCUACUGCUUCAACGUCCAGGCUUACAUUCCCAGCCGCAGCGUCGACAAGCAGCUGGGAGAGAUGAGCCAGACGCAGUGCUCCAACGAAGACAACCCGUCCAUCUUUGAAGUGUACUCGGUGGGCGUGGUCGCCGCGGCCAUCUUCCUCGUCCUGCUGCUGAUAGGCCUCGUCAUCGCCGUCACCGUGAUCUGCUGCAAGCGCAGGAAGAAUGCUCUGAAGAGUGGGAAAGAAGGAAUGCCACUACGCGAUGUAUAGACACACAGACAGACAGACAUUGUUUUUUACACAAAAGUAUGUUGAACGUUAGAAUACAUAUCGAGUAUGUAGUGCAGAGGAUGAGAUUUCGGAGACACCGACAGACAGACAGACAGACACAUUGUUUUUUUACACAAAAGUAUGUUGAACGUUAGAAUACAUAUCGAGUAUGUAGUGCAGAGGAUGAGAUUUCGGACGCAACCCAGAUCUUGUCCCAACAUUCCUCAGCCAAACACUGGAAUCAAAUGCUUUCUUUAGUUUCUGUGAAACUGCCUCUGAAUAUGUCAGACAUUCUUUAUUAUUUUUUGUUAUCAUUUCAUGCUGCAGAAAAAGAGACUUUAGGAAAACACUGUUUGAACACUCCUGCUGUACACACUAGUCAUGUUGCUGAAGCUGUAAUAUUCCACACCUUGUCUUUUUAUAUAUUUGGUGAGUGGUACCUCCUCUGAUGGCUGUAGAUAAUCACUACCUUUUAUUUAUUUGUCAUUUUAUAGUGUAUUUUAUAACUUGAAAUUACUUGAUCACAUGAUUUUUUUGGGAGACUGGUGAAAUCAACACCCUAGCAUACAUUAUUUUUGUAAGUGAUGCUUAAUUUAUUGUGUAUAUUUGAGAUUAACAUAUUUGUAGGAUGUACGAUGUCAUGUUUUGGCUAUUUUAUACUUCAGAUGGUUGCACAUCAUUUUAUUACGUGGUGAAAUGUAGUAAUAAAUAUUUUACAGAACACAAGCA